AUGUCGUUCAGCUUCGGCACCCCGAGCUCCUCGGGCGCCGCGUCCAACAACACGACGAGCACGGCGCCGGCCACAGGAGGCCUCUUCGGCACUGCUGCUGCAUCUGGCACGCCCAAGUUUUCCUUUGGCAACACCACCACUCCCGCUACCAACCCGCCUGGGGGUCUGUUCGGAGGUCAGAGCAACGCUGCCCAGAAGCCAGCCUCUGGCGGACUCUUUGGAUCAGCCGCUGCUUCAUCCUCUUCCACUCCUACCACUUCGGCAGGUGGCCUGUUUGGAGGAGCCUCGACCACCCCAGCAACGGGUGGCCUCUUUGGCGGAACAAGCACUGCAACCUCUUCCUCGGGAGGCGGCUUGUUUGGGGGAGCGACAACCAGCACAGCACCAUCCACUGGCGCCAAGACCGCAGGCUCAAACCUGUUUGGAACUAAUACCAGCACCACCCCCGCCGGCGGCUUGUUUGGCAACACUGCUACAAAGCCUGCCACCACUUCGGCAUCGACUUCACAACCUGCGACCACUACCACGUCAGGAUCAGGACUCUUCGGCAGCGGAACUCAAUCGUCCACGAGUGGCUUGUUCGGCGCUGCCAAACCCGCAGCUACCAGCUCUACUGCACCGGCAUCUGGAGGGCUCUUUGGCAAUAAGACCGCCACCACGUCCGCGCAGUCCGGGUCCUCUACGCCCGCUGCGACACCGGCUGCUGGUACAACCUCUACGCUCUUCGGAACUAAGCCGGCUGCGACCACCACAUCUACGACCCCAGCGGCGACAUCUGCUGGAGGUCUCUUUGGUACCACACCUGCUGCAACAACCGCUCCAGCUUCUGGAUCUACUCCUGCUACCGCAGCCGCUGGGGGUCUCUUUGGACUGAAGCCUGCUGGCACCACUGCCACUACGACUUCGUCUUCAACGACCCCGGCAACCACUGCCACGUCCGGCAACCUCUUUGGCACAGCUCCUAAAGCCUCUACUGCCACCACGGACAAACCUGCUACCUCGCUCUUCGGUACCACCGCCACCACCAAGCCUGCCACGACUGCGUCCACCACCGCGACCACGACAACAGCAGCACCAGCGUCGACUACGACCACGGCUGGUGGCUUCACCAUUAACCCAUUGGGAGCUUCCACUACCGGUCCUCCCUCUCAGAUGGCCCGGUUGAAGAACAAGACGAUGGAGGACAUUGUCACUCGGUGGGCUUCUGACCUCUCAAAGUACCAGAAGCAAUUCAAGGAACAGGCCACAAUCGUGUCCAACUGGGACAGAAACCUCGUGGACAAUGGCGAAAAGAUUCAGAAGCUGUACCUGGAGACCUUUGAAGCGGAGCGGGCCAGCCACGAGAUUGAGCGCCAGCUGGCUGCCGUGGAGAGCCAGCAGGAAGAGCUUGAGGCCUGGCUGAACCGUUACGAGUCAGAGGUCCAGGAUAUGUUUGCUAAGCAGAUGGGCCCUGGCGAGCAGCUUGGGGGACCCGACCAGGAGCGCGAGCGUACCUAUAAGCUGGCCGAGAAGCUCACCCAGCAGCUUGACGAGAAGUCUCGAGACCUGUCAAAGAUGGUCAAGGAGAUUAAUGACAUCUCUGGAACUCUGAGCAAGGGAGCCAAGGCUGAGGACCCGCUGAGCCAAAUCGUUCGCGUGCUCAACAGCCACCUUACCCAGCUGCAAUGGAUCGACGCCAAUUCGUCAGCCCUGCAAGCCAAGGUCGCGGCGGCCCAGAAAUCCAGCAGCAACCUGGGUAGCCACUACGGCAGCGGAGAGAGCGACGUGGCGGAGAGCUUCUAUAGAUCUUACAUGGGACGGAGGUGA